CCCCCCCCCCAUUAUCACGUAUCACCCAUAAGAGACUGAGACUGUCGACGAUGCCGUCCAACACUGUCACCAACACCAACACCACUGCGUUCAAAGGCUCAGACUACGCGGACUCACCUGGAAACAGAAUGGGUGAAAGCACAAUACUGGACAUGGACCUGAUGAAGGAGGAGAAGUCGGCUAAAAGUAGUGCCUCUUGUAAAGUUGGCAAGCCUGGAAGAAAGCGCAAGCAGUUCCCAGUCGAGAGCUGUGGCUCCCUCAAAGGCACUGUGGGUGUGGGCAACAGCUACACCGGAGCGGGUAGGCCGUCCAUGGCACAGGUCCACAACGGAGACGUGGGCGGGCACAGAGACAGGACGUCCGACGCCUGCUUCCCCAAACAGGAGAAGAGGGAAGUGGAGAACGGCAUCCCCAGAGACCCUUCCUCUUACCGGGUAGAGGACAGCUCUCAGGGUCAGAGCCGAAGCCCGUCCCCGGAGAACAGGUUCCUGCUCAGCCGGGAAGACCAGGACUCGGAGAAAGACAAGGACGACAGCUCGACGACGCCGUGCAAGAAACGAGGGAGGCGGAAACUGGAGCGCCCGACCAAAUAUGUGGAGCACAAGGAGGAGGACAGGCGUGCUGCAGUCAAGACCGAGGCAGGUCGAGGCAAGAGGGGAGUUGGUUGGGAGAUAAGCCUUCGUCAGAGGCCCAUGCCCAGAAUAACCUUCCAGGCUGGUGACCCUUAUUACAUUAACAAGAGGACCAGAGAGGAAUGGCUGGCCAAGUGGAAGAUGGAGGCAGAAAAAAGGUCCAAACUGACGUCAGCAAUGAGCGCGAUGAAGGAUCACGAGGAGAACGAAACAGAGACUCAGAUAGAAGACGUCUCAAUAAUCAAGCACCCAUCACCUUCGAAGCAGCAGCAGCAGCCUCAGCUGCACACUCAGUCACAGCCUCAGUAUCAACAGCAAUCACAGCCAUCGCUGCCACAACAACAACAAAAACAACAUCAGCAGCAGCCGCCUCAGCAGCCUACUGACCCCGCCUCCCCAACUGUGGCCACGACCCCUGAGCCCGUCGCCAUAGAAGGCGGAGACAACACGUGCCCCAAGCCGGCAGAUACUGAGCCCGAGUAUGAGGACGAUCGUGGUUUUGGCAUCGGCGAGCUGGUUUGGGGAAAGCUUCGAGGGUUCUCGUGGUGGCCGGGCCGCAUUGUAUCCUGGUAUAUGACGGGACGGAGCAGAGCUGCCGAGGGUACCAGAUGGGUGAUGUGGUUUGGAGAUGGAAAGUUCUCAGUGGUUUGUGUAGAGAAACUCAUGCCUUUAAGUUCCUUCAAUAAUGCCUUUCACCAACCAACUUACAACAAGCAGCCCAUGUACAAGAAGGCCAUCUAUGAGGUGCUACAGGCGGCGUGCAGCCGGGCAGGAAAAGCCUUCAUGGCCUGCCCGGACAGUGAUGAGACGGAAACCUCUAAAUCUGUAGAGAUGCUGAACAAGCAGAUGAUUGACUGGGCUAUGACAGGAUUCCAACCCACUGGACCCAAGGCUUUAGAGCCACCAGAAGAGGAGCGUAACCCAUAUAAAGAGGUUUACCCCGAGAUGUGGGUGGAGCCUGAAGCGGCAGCUUACACGCCUCCGCCAGCCAAAAAGCUUCGCAAGAGCACAGCAGAGAAACCCAAAGUCAAGGACAUUGUUGAUGAGAGGACACGAGAACGGCUUGUUCAGGAAGUGAGACAAAAGUGCCGCAGCCUAGAGGAUAUCUGUAUCUCCUGUGGGAGUCUGAAUGUUAGCCUCGAGCACCCGCUGUUUGCUGGAGGAAUGUGCCAGAGCUGUAAGUACUGCUUCCUAGAAUGUGGAUAUCAAUAUGACGACGACGGCUACCAGUCCUACUGCACGAUCUGCUGCGGAGGACGGGAGGUGCUCAUGUGUGGAAACAACAACUGCUGUCGGUGUUUCUGUGUGGAGUGUGUCGACCUCCUCGUUGGCGAGGGAGCGGCCCACGCAGCCAUCAAAGAGGACCCGUGGAACUGCUUCAUGUGUGGUCAGAAGGAUGCGUUCGGUCUACUGGGGCGUCGCACUGACUGGCCCACCCGUCUCCAGCACUUCUUUGCAAAUAAUCAUGACCAAGAUUUCGAUGCACCAAAGCUUUACCCCCCAGUCAUGGUGGAGAAGAGGAAGCCCAUUCGUGUCCUGUCGCUGUUUGACGGCAUCGCAACAGGGCUAUUGGUGCUGAAAGAACUCGGCAUCGAGGUGGAUCGCUAUAUAGCUUCUGAAGUGUGUGAGGACUCCAUCACUGUGGGCAUCGUCCGUCAUCAGGGUCGCAUCAUGUAUGUUGGCGAUGUGAGGAGUGUCACACGCAAACAUAUAAUGGAGUGGGGUCCUUUUGACCUAGUUAUUGGUGGAAGCCCAUGCAAUGACCUCUCGAUAGUCAAUCCUGCUAGGAAAGGUCUCUUUGAGGGCACCGGGCGCCUGUUCUUUGAGUUUUACAGGCUGCUCCACGAGGCCCGGCCGAAGGAGGGGGAGAACCGGCCUUUCUUCUGGCUCUUUGAAAACGUGGUGGCCAUGGGUGUCAGCGAUAAGAGGGACAUAUCUCGCUUUUUAGAGUGCAACCCAGUGAUGAUCGAUGCCAAGGAAGUGUCCGCUGCCCACCGCGCCCGUUACUUCUGGGGUAACCUUCCUGGCAUGAACAGGUUGGUGUGCGAAUGGCCUUUGAGUGCUAUGUACAGUGACCGGGUGGACCUCCAGGACUGUUUAGAACACGGCAGAACAGCUAAGUUUGGCAAGGUGAGGACCAUCACCACCAGGUCUAAUUCCAUCAAGCAGGGCAAGGACCAGCACUUCCCUGUGUGCAUGAACGAGAAGGAAGACAUCCUCUGGUGCACUGAGAUGGAGAGGAUCUUUGGCUUCCCAGUCCACUAUACGGACGUGUCCAACAUGAGCCGACUGGCAAGGCAAAGGCUCCUGGGCAGAUCAUGGAGCGUCCCGGUUAUCCGCCACCUGUUUGCACCGCUCAAAGAUUACUUCGCCUGUACUUGAGCGGCGGGAAAACUCGCUCGGAAACAUUUAGGAACUACAACUGUAUGUUGUGACUAGAAAUAAGAGCCUUGAUCCUCGAAUUACACUCUUGUAUAAUUUGCAAGUGAAACUUUGACGUAGAUUUCACAUUAUUUCUCGUGUUUGAAUUGUAAUUCUUAUUCUAUUUAAUUUUGAUAUGUCAUUUUACCUUUUAGCAGUGUUAUCAAGUAUUGUUGAUUUGUUUGUGCAAGCUAUACUUGAGACUAUGCUUUCUUCUCACGACACUGAGACAGAAAAGUGCUAAACACGCGUGUUUUAAAAGAGACGGCAACGCGAUGGGAAAGACCCGACAGAUAGGAAAGGGUUUCAAGAUAUGUGAACUGUUUUCUGCUGUGUGAGCGUACUGUACGUCGGGGCGGCGAGAUUUUCCCACCUGCGGUGCGGCCAUGCUUCCAGCUACUGAGCCUCACAGAGAUGUGACGAGAAAGGCAAUCUUCUUCAGUGUCAGGAGAGCUGCGUCUCUAAGAAUCCAAAACACCAGAUCACAUAUACCUCUUUGUUUACAGUUUCUCUACACAACUGAAGGUAAUAAAGGUACUACUGUAAUAUGGUUACAACACCAUGGUGCUCCAAGGUGAUGAGAAACAUCAUCGCCCAUGUGGCACCGCAACUUUAGACAAUACGGAGCUCUUUAUCUGGUUGCUGGAAAACACUUGUGUUUGAUGUUGAGAAAGAAAAAAACAAUUCUGUUCUGUGUUGUUUUGUUCACUUGGAAGGAAAGUGACAGACGGUAGAAUGCAGAACAGAGCAUCAUGCUCUGUUCUGCAUUUCACAGCUUUUAUACAGUUUGUACUGGUGCUCAUUUAAUCUCUCAGCCUUGCCACACUCAGGCUCGCUGCCUGGAUCUGCACAAACGGAAAGUGACGCUAACCACGUGGGCGAUGAUGUUUUCUGUCAUUCAAAAAAAACAAAAAAAAAAAAAACUUAAGAUCAAUGUCUGUGAAACUAGGUUGUUUUUCUAGUUUCAUCCUGACCAAUGAUAUUACUGUACAACUGUUAAGUAAGUGUGGUCGCUGGAGGGAGGGAGGGUGACCAGGCCGGGUAACUCUCCUCAUCAACUUCCACCUCUCUAAACUGAAAAAACUGUCAGGUGCAAAUCCUCAACAAUAUGGUGCGGCUUCACAACGUUCUUCUACCUUUUUAUAGCAAUUCUGUGCUGUUUUAUCAACAUUAUAAAGCACUUUUUUAUAUGUAUACUUUCUUUUUUUCUUGAUAUUUUAAAAAGAAUAUUGGUUCUUGUGAAUUGUUUUGUUUUGUUUUAUGAUGUGAACUGAUCUACCCUCGUGUAAUACUUUUUUGUAUACAGUAGGGCUGUGCCAAUAGAAGUGAAAGAACGGAUUUUGAUAUGUGAAACCCAUGUUAUUUGACUCGGUGUACAGUCGAUGGAUUGACAUUUGUAACUCCAAACCCCUUUUCCCUUUCUCCAUCAUCCAUAUUGUUCCCUGUUUAACAGCAGCGAUACAGUAUGAUACGACCCAGAUUCAAAGAAUGUCUAUUUCUUUUAAGAUUGUAAAAUGUAAGACAGAGUUAGGGAACCAUGUCAUUCGCUUUGUAUGAUAUUUUUGCCAUUUCCCUGAUAAAUCGUAGUCGUCAUGUUGACAAAUUCAAGUGCUGAUCCAAAUUUGGAUUACCUUCACAGACUAAAUUCUCUUGAUUGUAACCUCUAAGAUAAACACGGAGGAUCUAGGCUGCAGUUUGUCAAAACAAAAAACUGACACAGUGUCUGACGAAGAUGUCGGUACUCAAAGAGUAAAAAAGGUAAUAACAACAGAUGUUAUCUCUUAUCUAUAUCCUAUUUAAGAUUCAAAAUUUUAAAUUUAAUUUCUUAAUGUAAUUAAUUUCUUAAGUGACCUUAUUGCCAUAUGUUUUGUCCAUGCACACUGGGCUCAAUAUGAGCUCUUGUGCUUUCUGAUACUUUAACCAGAUGUUAUUUCCCCCCUCCUCCUAUAAUA